AUGGCAAGGCGGUCGGCCGAGGCUGCGUGCGGCUGUGCGGUGCGGCAGUGCAGCCUCAGCGUGUCCGCUCGUCAGGUUCGUCCCUCGCCCCCUCGCGCUCUCGCUCGCUCGCCUAUUCGUCCACUCGCCCACUCGCCCGCUCCCUCAUUCUCUCCCACUUUAGUCUGCUCCUCUCGUGUAUCGAGUCACGCCACCCCCUCGCCUCCGUUGUAUCGCGUCACGCCACCCCCUCGCCUCCGUUGUAUCGCGUCACGCAUCCCCCUCGCCUCCGUUGUAUCGCGUCUCGCCACCCGCUCGCCUCUCAGCGCCGAUAAAAGCGCCCACUUAUCCCUCCCCCUUCCCCCGGCUUUCUCCCGUUGCAGGAGAUUGCCACGUGCCGGAACCCCAUUGCUGCGUGCGCCCUCUUCACAACGCGGCGGCAGCAGCAACAGAAGCGGCGGGCGGCAGGCAGGAAAGGCGCGAGCGAGGUUUGAGACGGAGGGGAGGGGGAGAUACGAGCGAGCGGGGUAUGCGAGCUACGGGGAGUGGGACCCGCGCGCGGGGACAGGCGCGGAGGAGGAGGCGGAGGAGGGGGAGGGCGAGGGAGAGGGCGAGAUGAGCGCGGGAAUCGGGGCGGGGGAGGUCGAUGACAGGGGGUGGCGGACGGCGGAGGAGGUUCGGCGGGAGGUGGAGGCGCGGAGGCGCGCGGAGGCGGAGGCGGAGGCAGUGCGCGCAGCAGUGGAGGAGUAUAGAGACGCGGAGGAGUUCCUUAUCACGGAUAUAAAAGAAUCCGCGAAUCCCAACUACCUCGCGUCGCACCAGUCGUACCCCUCCCCCUUCAUCUACAUCCGCCCCGUCUGCUCGCGCCCCAACGAGGGGGAGCGCUUCCCCCGCGCGCGCAACCUGCUCGUGGGCGAGGCGGACCCGCUGGAGCGCGUGCGCGCGCACAUGGCGCGCGCGGAGGGGCGCGAGUACGUGCCUGCGGGCAUGAGGGGUGGCGGAGAGGGAAGCGGGGGCGAGGACGAGGAGGAAGAGUGGGGGAAGGGGGACGAAACGGAGGAGGAGCAAGAGGGAGAGGACGAGGACGAGGGGGAGGGGGAGGGGGGGUUGGCGCGCAGCGGGGGGGGCGGGCGGUUUUGGGAGGAGGAGGAGGACGAGGCGUGGGAGGCGGAGAGCGCGGCGCUGAGGGGGCUGAGCGGGUGGGCGCGCAUGCGAGGUGCGUGGGCGCUGGAGGACCGCGAGAGAGACGCUGCAGCUGCUGCCACCGCUGCUGCUGGUGUUUCUGCUGCUGCAGCCGGGGGGGAGCAGUUGGGCGCGGACGGGCAGGGGUUGGUGCAGGAGAAGGGGGCUACGGGGGGAGUGGGCGCGUGGGCGCGGGGGGAGGCGUUUGUGGGGGAGGUGGCGCCUCUGGAGGUGGUGGGGGAGGAGGAGGUGUGGUGGAACUGGCAGAAGAACGAGGGCGAGCAGCAGAUCUGGACCGCCUGGCAGAAGGAGGCCGCCACCACCGAUGCGGUGCGCUGCGCACUAAUGUACGGAGGGGCAGCACCAUGCUCUCACUGCGUGCGCUCGCAGUGGCAUUCUCACACGCACAGGCCUUGUCGCUGCCAGCAGCAGCAGGCGCUGAAGCCACUUUGUCUGCCCUCCUCGUCCCCCCCCGCUUCCACUCCCCCUUCCCUCCCCACUUUCCUUCCCCUGUCUCCUCCCUUCGUCUCCCCCUUCACCUGGCAGGCAAUGGCACUGGCAGCAGCGGAGGCGGGGCACAUAAGGCUGCACGGCGACAAGCCCACCACGGCCCCCCUUUGUAACAGCAGGCGACGGCCUUGGGUCCCCCUGUGCUACCAGCAACAGCUGGCGAUGGCACUGGCAGCAGCGGAGGCGGGGCACAUCAGGCUGCACGGCGACAAGCCCACCACGGCAGAGGCCGUGCUCGCCAGGGUGCGCCGCAAGCCGCUUGCAGAUGAGAGACUAGCCAAGGAGGAGGAGCUGAGGGGGCGCCUGGGCGACCUGGCGUACUACCAGGAGUGGGUGGCGGCAUGGCCUCAUGACACGUCGCUCAAGGCCGUGCGGCGCGUGGCGAGGGAGACGGGGCGGCCCAUGGAGCACCAGAUACUGGACAUGCUCGCCAUGCAGACCCAGCGCGAGUACAACGCCAUGUGUGGGAGGGACGUGCGGCUGCAGAAGGACCCGCUGGCCAUCCGAAUGGACAAGAAGCAGUGCAAGCGCGUGUGGGGCGGCGACCCUGUGUACCCCACGGUGAACUACGAGCAGCAGCCAGACCACGUGGUGGACUACCGCGGACCCAACUUCCACGAGCCUAGUGAAGACCCCUUCAGCGUCGUGCGCCAGCAAGGCAGGGUGGUGACGCAGGAGCAGAUGGAGGCUAUCAUGGCGCGCGAGCAGGAGGAGGAGGAGGCGUUCCUGCAAGAGCUGGAGGAGACAGGAGAGGACGCUGUUGACAUUGGCGAGGAGGAGGAGGAUGAAGAGGAGGAGGAAGAGGAAGAGGAGGACGAGGAGGAAGAGGACGAGAUAUCCGAGGACGAUGAUUCGGACGAGGGCCAGCCAGCACAGGCGUCGUCGCACGGGCAUGCGGUGCGGGAGGGGCGGGGGAGGCGGCCAGCGGAGAUCCUGGAGGAGGACGAGCAGACGGGCAUGCAGUGGGUGGCCGUGCCCACGCGCAUGGAGGGCACGCCUGGGCGACUCGCUUAUGAGGAGGACAGUGAGGGGAUGAGCGAGGAGGAGGAUGAGAGGGGGGAUGCUGCUGGUAGUGCAGGUGGUGGUGCUCCUAAAGGCGGUAUCUAA